AAUUGUGCAAGUUAUUAUUAGUAGCUCUCUGUUUAUCAGAAGAAUUAAAAAAUCCAACAUGCCUGUCUUAUGCUCUACAAAGUGUGGUAGAGAUGCCAUUUUGAAGAGACCAAAAACUGGCGAUACAUUGUGUAAGGAAUGUUUCUUCUUAGCGUUUGAAACUGAAAUACAUGAUACUAUUGUUACUGGUAAACUGUUCAAACCUGGUGAUAAAGUUGCCAUUGGAGCAUCAGGUGGAAAAGAUUCCACUGUACUUGCAUAUGUUCUAAAAGUCUUGAAUGAAAAAUACAAAUAUGGAUUAGAUCUGUUUCUUUUAUCCAUUGACGAAGGAAUUACUGGAUAUAGGGAUGAUAGUUUGAAAACUGUGGCACAGAACAGAGAUGAUUAUGGCAUUCCACUUAAAGUUUUAUCAUAUAAAGAACUAUAUGGAUGGACAAUGGACUCUAUAGUUGCAGAGAUUGGCCGUAAAAAUAAUUGUACAUUUUGCGGUGUUUUUCGAAGACAAGCAUUGGACAGAGGUGCUGCACUUUUGGGGGUAGAUUGUAUUGUAACGGGUCACAAUGCGGAUGAUAUUGCUGAAACAGUAUUAAUGAAUGUCUUAAGAGGCGACAUUGCCCGAUUACAAAGAUGUACAUCUGUAAUCACUACGGGUGCAGAUUCGAUUAUGCGUUGUAAGCCACUGAAAUAUGCAUACGAAAAAGAAAUUGUCAUGUAUGCAUAUUUUAAACGUCUGGUAUAUUUCUCUACAGAGUGCAUAUAUGCUCCAAAUGCUUACAGAGGCCAUGCACGAGCCUUUCUAAAGAAUUUGGAAAAAAUUAGACCUUCAUCUAUCAUUGAUAUAAUACAUUCAGGUGAGCAAUUGCAAGUAAAAGAUAGUGUAAAAAUGCCAGAGAGACAGAAUUGUACUCGAUGUGGAUUUGUGUCAAGUCAAGAAAUAUGCAAGGCAUGUGUUCUGUUGGAGGGCUUGAACAGAGGACUACCAAAACUCGGUAUUGGCAAAUCUAGCAGAGCUAAGAAAAUAAUGAGCUUAGACAAAAAUAUUGUAGAUAAAAAAAACAGAGAGCAAAGUGUAGAUUUUUAAGGCUUUUUAUGUAUACAAAUAUACAACAUGUGCACACAUGUGUUUACAAAAAAUAUAUCUUCUAUUUCAAUUAAUGAUGGGAAAAAUGUUCCAAAAAUAUACAUUUAAGAUGAUUAAAUAAAAAGUUAUUGCUUA